AUGGCGGCGGAGGCCUUAGUGCCGCCCCUGUGGACGGCGGGCGAUCCGUGCUGGCUGCGAACCGACUCUGCGGCUGCGGGAGAGGAGGCGGAGGGAAAGAAAGAUGAGACCAGACAGUCGAGUGCGACUGCAGGGGAAGGCGCCGCUUCAGCUGCCGCGGCGCAGGCGGAGGACACUGGAACCGAAAAUGACGUCUGGUUCGUUCACCAGGAGUUCCCGCAGUGGAUGUUCAAUCCGAGGGAAGCCGUCUACUUCAAUCGCGAAACGGGAGACCUCGUGCUUCCCUCGGCGCUCGACGAGGCCGCUGAAGCCGCAGCCGAAGAAGACGGACAAGAGGAAGAGGGAGACGACGAUCAGGGAGAAGAUGAAUUGGAGGCGAUGUGCGAGGAAGAAGAAGAGGACGAAGACUUCGACCUUGACCUCGAAACCGACAUCGUCGCUGGGACAGCCGAGCGCAAAGGGACGGCAGAAGGAAAAGUGGAGAUCGAGGAUCGCCACGUGACAAAACUGUCGCUUCCCGUGGGGGUCGUCACAGGCAACGCAAAUGCUCUCUGCUACUACACUGCGGUCUUUGAUGGGCACGACGGAUCUAGCUGCGCGCAGUACGCCAUGGUGCAUCUCCACAAAAAUCUGAUAAGUCUCUACCGGCAGAUUUACAGCACAGUUCAGCGGAGGCGCCAGGAGCAGGACAACAAGGGGGACGAGAAGCGGCGCAGGCGCGCGAAGAAUUUUUCUCUUUUGCUGCAGCAGCUGAACGACGGCGUGCCAAGUGCGCGGCGCGAGGAGAAGUUCCUCUCCGUCGGGCUCGAGUCGCUCGUCAAAGCCACUGCGAAGAGCUUCCUCAUGACAGAUCACAACUUCUUGGAUCACGCGCAGAAGGCGGGUGUGGAGACCGAAGCGGGAAGCACAGCCUGCGUGGUGCUUCUCUUCGGUCCGGACGAAGACGGUCAGCUCAAGAUCGUGACGGCGCAUGCAGGCGACACUCGAGCCGUGCUCUGUCGCGACGAGCAAGCGCUGCGACUGACGCAUGACCACCGCCCCAACGACAGAGCGGAGAAGCGGAGAAUUCUGCAAAACGGCGGCGAGGUGAAGAACAUCGAGGGCGUCUGGCGAGUUGUGUUUGUCGAUCGAAAGACGAACCGACUCUAUGGCCUCGCCACGUCCCGCGCGCUGGGCGACCGGCGCCUGAAGACCCCGAAGGCGAUUGUCACCAGCCAACCGACGCUGCAUGUGUACUCCGUCAACUUCGAAACAGAUCUCUUCAUGGUGCUCGCCUCCGAUGGCAUCUGGGACGUGCUGUCUGACGAGGAAGUCGUCUCGAUCGUCUCGGCGCACCUGGACAAGUCGCCGCAAGAAGCCGCGCGCUUCGUCGUGGAGGACGCGUUGAAGCGCGGCAGUCCUGAUGACAAAACAUGCACUGUUGUGUUUUUCAAAUGGAACAAAGACAGAUUCCCCGCUGCGCCCAGCGGCCUGGAGGCUGCCGCGGAGGAACAGAGCGAGGCGAGCGACGGAGAGAGCGGAAGCGAGCCCGAGGCGCUCGCCGACCAACGCCCGUCCGCGCGCCGCCGCCCGCCAGAGGAGGCAGAUACUGGAGAAUAUGAAGCAGGCGUUACCGACGACGAGAACGACGGCGAGGGAAGCGCGCGACGGCGAAUGCGAAGGCUCAGUCCCCCUGGGGAUUCGACAGAGAGCGCAGGCGGCUCCGCGGAGGAGAGGAGCAAGAAAGCGAAAACGCAUGAGGAGGAAGCGGCGCCGCCUGCGGAGGACGCGCGAGACGCGGCUGACGACCCGAAGGCGGAGGAAGCGAAGGCUGACAGCCAAAAGGACAAGAAGGGGGAUGUGCUCAAAGCCGGGAGAGGCUUAGACGACAUCGGGGUCCUGUCCAGUAGCGACAUUUACGAGCGGAUCCGCAAGCGAAGAGAAGAAGAAGAAAGACAGAGAAAGGAGGAAGAAGCACAGGCGGCCUGCUUCAGAGGUGGCUGCGUGAGUCCCUCGCGGCUUUCUUCCUCUUUUCCAAUCGCUGGCGUGUCGCUCUCGUUCUGCUGCCCUCAGGCCGCCGAACAAGAGGAAGAAGAAGACAUCGAUAUUUUCUCGAUGUGA